UGGAUGUAAUUUAUUAACUUAAUUUAUUAAUUUAAUUUAUUAGAUCGUGUAUACAAAUAGAUCUGUAUGAUGUGGUCUUUUUUUAUUUAUUUUUUAUUCCAAAUGCACCAUGUGCUUCUUUAUACAACUUUUUAUUUUACUUGGAAAAUAUCACAUUCAUAGUUAGCACUUAAUAUUUCUGUAUAUGGCCAAAUCAUUCACAAAAUCAUACAUAAAGGAAUGUUUACGCUCAGGCUCGAAGCGUCUAAGCCAAUAAGAUUUGCUGAAUUAUCAACCAAUGAAAUUGUGCCCCGCCCCUUCGUCCAGACCGCUUGGAAUCGUGAAUCGUGGAACGCGUUAUUGUGACGUCACAGUGCGCGCAGCCGCUUCAUAAAUCGAGUCAGUCGAAACUCUUUGUCGGAGUUUAAAGCUGCUCUUUGGUCUCUUGCGAUCGAUCUGUAGUACUGAGUGUUACAAGUCUACCGCUAGAACCAACAGGCAAAUACAGUGUUCACAGCUCGUUGAGAUGGAGCAUCUGGCGACUGUUACAUUGGACACUAUGUUUGCCAACUUUCCACUGGAGCUGGAAAGCUGCAGCAGCUUGGACUCAUUCGAGGACGCUCAAGUUGAGCCGCUGAGUGGCGCUGUGAAGCCGGCUGACAGAAAGGCCUGCAGUAGCAGCUGCCAACAGCUCCCGACAGAGGCGCCUCGACCACCGGCUGUCCCUACAGUCGCCUGGGAGGACGAUUCAACAGAAAAGCGCACACAAGGGAGGAAGUCUAAGAAAGAAUCCAUCCAAACCCAGGAAGAAACCCAAGUGUGUGCUUUUGUGCCUGAGGAUCCAUCGCAGGAGCUUCCACACACAUCCAGAGUGGAUCCGACAGGCACAGAUCCGCGGGAGUCUGAGCCAACAGACAAAAAGCGCACAAAAUGGAGGAAAUUCCUUGCUGGCCUCCGGAGAGCGUGGAAGUCGAUAAAAGGAUCCUUCCAAACCCAGGAAGAAACCCAAGUGUGUGCUUUUGUGCCUGAGGAUCCAUCGCAGGAGCUUCCACACACAUCCGGCGUGGAUCCGACAGGCACAGAUCCGCAGGAGUCUGAGCCAACAGACAGAUCCUUUGAAUCUCUUUAUGAUGUGGUAAAGAAACUGAAGUCGAGACGUGGUGUCAGUUAUCAUCUAGGAUUUCGAAACUCCGAUGACAAACGAGUAUUGAUCAAAUUUAUUAAGAAGAACCGGCCUGAGAAACUAGUGGAAUUGCCUGGGUAUUCCAACCCUUUAAGUCAAGAGGCAGCUGCAAUGUUGAUGGUGCAAAAGCCUCCAACUAGCGAGCAUCUCGUACAACUAUAUGAUCACUUUGUCAUGGAAGAUCAAGACAUCUUGAUUAUGGAGUAUCCACGUUCCUACAUCAGCCUGUUUGAUUAUGUCCAACGAAACAGCAGUAACCUGACCGAAACCGAGGUGAAACUCAUCAUUCAGGGGCUCAUUGUUGCUCUUCAUCACUGCAUGAGUCGUGGUGUUUAUCGUCGCACGCAUAUGAAAAACAUCCUUGUCCACACAAAAACCCUGCAUGUAAAGCUGAUGGACUUUGGAGGCGCGCUGCUCGUCGAAGAAAGACGAGAUGCUGAACCUCUAUUAAUCAGUGCAAUCAGAAAAUAUGCUGAAUGGGCAACAACUGAGGACUUACGCAUACUGCUGGAUCUGAUGGUCCCGAGAAUAAGUCGUUGCUUUUGGAUGAGACCACGCGUGUCCAAAGAAUGCCUGGAUCUUCUUGAGCACCUUCAUGAUGUAAAGUCACGGAUGACGUUACAGGCUAUGUUGAAGCAUGACUGGUUUAAAAGAAAAACUGAAGCAUAAGAAAAGUUCCCCUGCAUUGGCAGCUCAGGGCCUAUAGUUCAGCUGUAUGGGUCAUCAGCCGGGGACGGUUCACGCUUUAACCCUGGAGCGUGGAUAAGACCACGUGUGUCCAAAGGUGAGACCAACAACAGGUUCCCCUGCAUUGGCAGCUCAGGGCCUAUAGCUCAGCUGCGGGGUCAUCAGACUGGGACCCCGGGGACGGUUUACGGCUUUAACCCCGGGACGUUCCCCUUUCACCCCUGCAUGAUGACACUGAUGGCAACUGUCC